AUGCUCCUUUGCAUAGAAAUAGAAUCUUCUUCAAAAUUGAACGAAGAUGCCAUAAAUAUUUGUAAGAAGUUUGUAUUAUACUUUAAGGAACUAAGUUCCAGUUGUUCAACUGUUGAAGGUCUAAGUACCACUUCUAAAUUCGCCAAUUUCUUAAACUACUGGUUGUAUAAUCAGCUAAAAGAAAAGUCUAUAAAUGGCGAUCUUAAAAAAACCUUGUACGAAAAACUUGAAGCAAAAUAUGAUUCUUUUCAAGGUCAGCAUAUAUUGAAAGGAGCAAUACAAAAUAAAGAAGAUACUAAUUUUUCAAAAUUUGAUAUAUUAUACCAAUUGUACAAAAAGCUUUCAGAUGUAACAAUAACGGAAGAUGAAAAAUGCUUGAAUUUUUUUCAAAGUUGCAAAGAGCAUUAUAAUAAAGGAUUAGAAAAAUGCUUUGAACAAGUAGAUAAUAAUUUUUGUAACGCAUUGAAUAAAUUUAAAAGUAUAUAUGAAGGAAAAAAGACUUCUUUCCCUGAAACAUGUACUAGCAACAAAUUGCCCACUUUUCCAGAAAUAAAACCAUUGAACUCAUCAUCAGACACCACUGAAGAAACUUCUAACAUAUUUUUUGAUUUAAUUGAAAGUACACAAAAAAGUGGUGAACAUGGACUUCCAAAAAUGUCACAAAAAUUAUUUCCCAAUUUACAUCAAGUGCUUUCAUUCCAUUAUACCAUGCCUUUCGAAUAUGAAGAAGAUAAGAUCAAAUGUAAAAUGAUGGACAUAAUGCUUGAGUUCUUUAAAUAUUAUAAUCUAAAUAGAGGAAAUACCAAUGUGCACUUAUUUGUAAAUGAAUUUUUUAAACAUUUCUAUGAAAAUAAAAAAACAAAAUACGAUAAAAUAUACACAGAAUGUUCUAAUAAGACACAGAUAGACUCAUACUGCAGCUUAUAUAAAGCUUGUAAUGAUCAAAUAAGAAGAGAUUUAUUAUCAAUAAAAGACUCCAUAAACAAAAAUCUUGAAAAUAUAGCAAAAGCGUACCAAGAUGCGAUUUCAGGAUAUUUAUAUUACCAGGUCACAUCUCAUGAAAAUGAACAGCUACCUUUUUUGGCCCAUAGCAAAUCUCUAAAUAUAGGUAUAGGCCUGAUAUGUGUUAUCUUCUUUUACUCUUUGUAUAAGGUUCCUUAA